AUGGCGGCACCCAUAUUGAAAUGGAAGCGUGUGAGUAAUACCAGCGGUCCCUGCCCGCGUCCGAGGCAUGGACAUCGAGCUGUAGCAAUCAAAGACCUGAUGGUUGUCUUCGGAGGUGGUAACGAAGGAAUCGUCGACGAACUUCACGUUUAUAACACAGCAACCAAUCAAUGGUUUGUUCCAGCCGUGCGGGGAGAUAUCCCACCGGGAUGUGCUGCAUAUGGCUUUGUUUGUGAUGGAACCAGACUUUUAGUUUUUGGCGGAAUGGUAGAAUAUGGAAAAUACUCAAAUGAAUUAUAUGAAUUACAAGCCAGUCGAUGGGAAUGGAAACGGCUGAAACCAAAAGCACCAAAAAAUGGCCCUCUGCCGUGUCCGAGGCUUGGCCAUAGUUUUACCCUGAUUGCUCAAAAAGUUUAUUUAUUCGGUGGUUUGGCAAAUGACAGUGAAGAUCCAAAGAAUAACAUACCAAGGUACUUGAAUGAUUUGUAUGUAUUAGAUUUAAAACCAGGCUCGGGUGUUGUGGGAUGGGAAAUCCCAGACAUAAAUGGAGAUCCUCCUCCACCCAGAGAAUCCCACACGUCGUGCGGGUACAUCCAGAAAGACACAAAAGCACAGCGAUUGAUUGUAUAUGGCGGCAUGAGCGGGUGCAGGCUUGGUGAUUUGUGGCAGUUAGAUAUCAACACAAUGACGUGGAAUAAACCACUUGUUCACGGCAUACCCCCGUUACCGCGCAGUCUUCACUCUGCUACAAACAUCGGAUGCAGGAUGUUUGUGUUUGGCGGCUGGGUACCGCUAGUUAUGGAUGAUCAAAAAGUUGCUACUCACGAGAAAGAAUGGAAAUGUACAAAUACGCUAGCAUCUCUGAAUCUUGAAUCUAUGACCUGGGAGCCAUUGGCAAUGGAAGUGUUUGAAGAUGCAGUGCCGAGGGCUAGAGCAGGCCACUGUUCAGUGGCAGUAAAUACAAGGUUAUAUGUGUGGAGUGGUAGAGAUGGCUACAGGAAAGCAUGGAAUAAUCAGGUGUGUUGCAAAGAUUUAUGGUUUUUAGAAUCUGAGAAGCCACCAGCGCCCUCGCGUGUACAGCUUGUCAGAGCAAGUACCAAUACUUUAGAAGUUUGCUGGGGAGCUGUUCCCACAGUCAUUUUUGUAACUUUUUUGCCUGAUGCCUUUUUACUACAACUACAAAAAUAUGACAUGCCUCCAACUCCCACAACACCUACUGUACCAGGGGGAUUUGUGAGCCCACUCCGAACAACACAGCCACAGGCAGCCCCAGCAAAAUCACCUGUAACAGUCACACAAGUAAAGAUGCCAGUUGGUACUGCGACAACAGCCAUGUUUCAAAACACAAAAGCAGUAAAAGUACAAGCUCCGUUUGGAGUUGGCACAGGACAGAUACGGUUUGGUACUGGCGGUUUAACAACGAUAUCAGCUAAAUCAGGACUGGUUGGUAGUAACCAACAAGCUAUGAGUGGAAUAGCAGCAUUAGCCGCUGCUGCCGCGGCGACACAAAAAAUACCAGCAGGUGCACGAGUACAGUCUCCUGGCGCAGUAACUCAACUCAGAAGCCCUCUAUCAAUGGUCCCGACUGUUGUGAAGUCAAUCGGGGGUGCUGUUACUACCGUAUCCAGCAUUUUGACUCCGGGAAUGAAAUUCAACUCUCCUGUGACAGUGGUCAGUACACCAGCCAGUGCUAUGUUAAAGACGGUGGCUGCAGCAGCUACUUCCAAGCCAAUAAUUACAGUACAGAAAGCAGGAUCCAUAACAACCACACCUCAAACACAUUAUGUAUCCGGCGUAGUCGCGGGCACAACUAAGACGGUAACACUAGUGAAAACUACACUGCCGACAUCAGCGGUACCCAAAAUGACUGUUCUUCAAACCAAACCAGCUAUAACCACCCUGCAAAGCGGUGUCAAGUCUCUAACACCUGGAGGAAUACAGAUUGGCAAAACUCAAGUACCUCAAGCCACUAUUGUGAAACUGGUGUCAGCUUCGUCAUCCGGCGGCAGACAAGCGACCAUAAUUACCACAACACAAGCUGGUGUAACGAAAACACAAAAUGCAACAAUACUUGGCUUGAGCAGUAUUGCCCAGCAGUCUAAGUCAGGCACCUCUAUUGUAAGAACCAUUCCUUUAUCAUCUUCAGUUUCUAAACCAGGAUUUACUACUUUAAACACUGGUUCAGGCAAAGGCCCAACUUAUGUGACUGUUACUUCAAAAAUGUUGUCUAGUAUGACAGGUAACCCUACUAAAAUUAUCACCACAUCCAUGCCAAAACAAGUCAUCAUUGCCACCCAGGCUGGCACCACUACUACACGAGCAGGUACUGUUGUUGCAACAUCACCAAUUACAAUCAUUAAGACAAUUACAAGUCCUGCACAACAGGCAAGUGCAACACGGGCUACAAGCAUAGCCACAUCAUCACUGCCAAAGAGGCCUAUUGUUACUGUAGUCAGCAAUAAUAGUGCUGCCAGUUCAUUUACCGGGGCAGCAAAAGCUGCGGGAAUCACAGCAAUACCAGUGCAGAUGACUGUAGCGUCAGCCUCUGGCUCGCCCACUACUGUCACCCUUGCCUCGUCAUCGACUGUUGUAAGUGGAACCUCCGUUUUGGGCACAUCGUUGUUGAACAAGGCUACGGUUACUGUUUCGCCGGCAACACAGACGAGUGUGGUUUAUGCCAAAAGUCCUGUUACAACAUUAAUGGUAACUUCGACCGCCAGUUCAACAUCUUCACCCACACAGGGAAGGUUAAUGGUUACCAGUACGGUGCCAGCAGUUGCACCAGUUUCCACUGCACUGAAUACAGGAACAAUAAACACACAAGUUCAAGGUGUUUCUAUAUUACAGUCUUCAGGUGCAUCAAGUAGUACAUCAUCUUCUAUUGCUGUAUCUUUGCCACAAAACUCAGGAGAAGUGCAACCUGCAGCUCCUGCUGUUGUACCUGAUAAUGCACCAGCUAAUCCAGGGGAAGACCAGCCUGAUGGUGCAGGGAAUCAAAAUCCUCCUGGAAAUCCUCAUAAUCCAGGAAACCCAGGAAAUCCGCAUAACCCAGGAAAUCCAAAUAAUCCAGGGAAUCCGCAUAAUCCCAGCAAUCCAGGAAAUCCACAUAAUCCAGGAAACCCUCACAAUCCUGGUAAUCCAGGCAACUCAGGAAAUCCACAUAAUCCAGGAAACCCUGGAAAUCCACAUAAUCCAGGCAACCCCGGGAAUCCACAUAAUCCAGGCAACCCUGGAAAUCCACAUAAUCCAGGCAACCCUGGAAAUCCACAUAAUCCAGGCAAUCCCGGAAAUCCACAUAAUCCAGGCAACCCAGGAAAUCCACAUAAUCCAGGCAACCCCGGAAAUCCACAUAAUCCAGGCAACUCCGGAAAUCCGCAUAAUCCAGGCAACCCCGGAAAUCCACAUAAUCCAGGCAACCCCGGAAAUCCACAUAAUCCAGGCAACUCUGGAAAUCCGCAUAAUCCAGGCAACCCUGGAAAUCCACAUAAUCCAGGCAACCCCGGAAAUCCACAUAAUCCAGGCAACCCUGGAAAUCCACAUAAUCCAGGCAACCCAGAAAAUCCUUCAAAUCCAGGCAACCCCGGAAAUCCACAUAAUCCAGGAAAUCCACAUAAUCCAGGCAACCCAGGAAAUCCACAUAAUCCAGGCAACCCAGGAAAUCCUUCAAAUCCAGGAAAUCCACAUAAUCCAGGCAACCCAGAAAAUCCACAUAAUCCAAGCAAGCCAGAAAAUCUCUCAAAUCCUAGCAGUCAAGAUGUACCACCUGCAACAACAGCUGCUCAAGAUAGCACCUCUACAUGUGUUAGUGCAACUAUCAGUAACCCAACAACAGCUACUGCAAUCACACCAACCAGUACUAUACCUAUAUCUGCCACAUCAACUACGUCAGCCACACCGACUACAUUACCCAUGCUGACAACAUUAGCUGCACCUACUAAAUUAUCCACAGCAGUUAUGGAUGAUCAAGUCAUCACUCCAGAUAUGAGAGAUGCAUUUUCGGAAAAUCCGGUGACAACGAAGAUUAGUGUAAAACGAGAGGCUAACCAAUGGUACGAUGUUGGUAUUAUAAAGGGUACAUCAAACAUUGUAUCACAUUACCAUUUACCUUCAGAGGCUGGACAAAGGAAUGAUGAUGAUAUAGACGUAGUAAGUGUGCCUGACCACAGUGUGCUAAAGAGGCAGGAAUUACUUCCUGGAACAGCAUAUAAAUUCCGAGUUGCUGGUAUCAAUGCAUGUGGAAGGGGUUCAUUUAGCGAAGUGUCUGCUUUCAAGACGUGUCUGCCUGGAUUUCCAGGCGCUCCGUCUGCUAUCAGGAUUAGUAAGAGCACGGAAGGAGCACAUCUAUCAUGGGAGCCACCGACGAACACUGCCGGCAAAAUAUUGGAAUAUUCCGUCUAUCUUGCUGUACGGAAUGCAGCUGCCGCCGGUGGAGACCAGAAGCCAUUGACGCCUGCACAGUUAGCGUUUGUAAGAGUGUAUUGCGGGCCCAGUCCGUCAUGUACAGUUAGUACAGCCAAUCUAGCUACGGCACAUAUUGACUACACUAGCAAACCUGCCAUUAUAUUCAGGAUAGCAGCCAGGAACGACAAAGGGUAUGGUCCAGCCACUCAAGUAAGGUGGCUUCAAGAUUCCAGUAAAGACAGUACCAUGGCCAAUAAACAAGCUGCAGUCAAAAGACAGAUGUCUGCCCCAGAAACAAGUGCCAGCUCCAAGAAGCCGAAAGCCCCCACUGAUUCAAAUUAGAUGUGUAGUAUCAUGUGACAGUCACAUGUCUUUCAAGUUUUUCUAAUUUAUUCGGAGAUGCCACCUCAUCUGUGCUGAAGACUCCCAUUAAGAGUGGUUGGCUGACAAGUAAGCUUCUGUGUUAUUUUUAUGAUACAGGGGGAAAAAACGAAGAGAGGUUUUUGUAAAAAAAAUAGGUUAAUUUUCACUUGUAGUUUUAGAAUUUUGUUCAGA